AUGGAGACGGAGAUUCGAAGCGUCAUUCCAAAUAUCGAUCCGGUCAUUUCGGAGUACUCCGUGGGCUUCCUCACUCAUGCCUCAACCGUCUGGUCCGAGGAGGAUGAGGCUACUGAUUCCUCUCCUCUCGUGGAUGCCGCGGAGGUCGUUGCGGAGCUUCUGAUAUCGGCUUCGGGACAAUCUACCCCUGCCGUAGAAGCUAAGAUCAAAGCCCUAGUCGAUAAGUGGGUGGACAAGUAUGCCGCGGCCAACGGAAGCGAGCGGCGUGGGCCCUCUACUGCUCGAAGACUCGACCAGACCAUCCAGGUCAGCGCGCAGCGGAAUAUGUCUUCUACCCUCGCUGUUUCCACCGGCGGCGUUGAUCUUGAGUCCGCCAAUGCUCGAAAGGUCGAGUCUAAGGUGGAUAGGAAGAAACUCGAAAAGGCCGAAAGGAAGAUUGCGGCUAAGCAGCAAAAGAAGACGUUCAAGACUGUAGAGUACGAGGCUUCUCGACUCCUCAACCAGCCUGAGAUGACGCAGUCUUACGAGGAGUUUUACAUGGCCGUCAACCCUCUACAGUUGGGCUCAAGCCAGGGCGCGAGCAAGUCCAAGGACAUCAAACUUGAUAAUAUCGAUGUCUCCAUUGGUGGCCUUAGGAUCCUCACAGAUACAAACCUUACCCUCGCACACGGCCACAGGUAUGGUCUUGUGGGUAACAACGGUAUCGCAAGAGAUUACUGGCGACGACACGCCGGCGCUCAAGCCGUGCUCGACGCCGAUGUGUGGAGAAAGGUGCUGCUUCGAGAGCAAGGUGAACUCAGUGGCCGUCUCGCCGAGAUCGAGAAGGAGCGCGCGCCUUUGGCAGACACAUCGACCGAUGCUGCUAGGCUAGAUCGGGACCGAGACACGCUGGAUCAGAAGCUCGGCGACAUCCAGGCAAAGCUCGCAGAGAUGGAGUCGGACAAAGCGGAACCAAGGGCUGCCAGUAUUCUUGCCGGUCUCGGUUUCUCUGCAGAGCGACAGCAAUUUGCCACCAAGACCUUCUCUGGUGGUUGGAGGAUGCGUUUGGCCCUGGCGAGAGCACUUUUCUGCGAACCCGAUCUCCUCCUGCUCGACGAACCGUCCAACAUGUUGGACGUCCCCUCGAUUACCUUCCUGUCAAACUACCUUCAAACAUACCCCAACACCGUCCUUGUCGUCAGUCACGACAGAGCAUUCCUCAACGAAGUGGCUACCGACAUUGUUCACCAACACUCGAUGCGACUUGACUACUACAGGGGAGCUAACUUCGAUACCUUCUACGCCACCAAGGAGGAGCGCAAGAAGUCCGCAAAGCGCGAAUACGAGAAGCAAAUGGCAGAGCGUGCUCAUCUCCAGACGUUUAUCGACAAGUUCAGGUACAAUGCUGCCAAAUCCUCGGAAGCCCAAUCGCGUAUCAAGAAACUUGAGCGUAUGCCGGUUCUGGAGGCUCCCGAGACGGAAUACAGCGUCCACUUCCAGUUCCCCGAGAAUGUUGAUUUGGACGUACAACUGGAUUCGCGAAUCGGUAUCGUCGGUCCCAACGGCGCGGGUAAGACGACGGCGCUGAAGCUCUUGAUCGGAAAGCUUUCGCCCCUCUCCGGACUCAUGUCACAGCACUCUAGGCUGCGGAUAGGGUUUUUCGCCCAGCACCACGUGGAUGCCCUUGACUUGACUACGAGCGCGGUCUCCUUCAUGGCCAAGACCUAUCCCGGAAAGACGGACGAAGAAUACCGAAGACAGCUUGGUGCGUUUGGCAUCACCGGAACAACGGGUCUUCAGAAGAUGGGCCUGCUUUCCGGAGGUCAAAAGUCGCGUGUUGCAUUUGCAUGCUUGGCUCUUACUAACCCCCACAUCCUGGUUCUCGACGAACCUUCUAACCAUCUGGAUAUUGAAGCUAUGGACGCUCUCGCGGAAGCCCUAAAGAACUUCGAGGGUGGUGUGGUGAUGGUUUCUCACGACGUAACAUUGCUCCAGAACGUCUGCACGUCACUCUGGGUGUGCGACGAUGGAACAAUUGAACACUUCCCAGGAGACGUAAACGAGUACAAGAAGAGGAUCACAGCGCAGGCGGAUGCUGCGGGUGUUGUGAAGAAGCAUUAG